AUGGGGAAUUGUUUACAAAAAAAUGGUGGAAAUAAUAAUUAAAAUCAGCAAGUACCAGUUUUGCACAACCAGAACAAGAAAUAUUUAUUAAAUGAUAAUAUAAAUUUCAAAAAUAAAUAAGAUACAGAAUAGAAUAAAAAUUAAAGUAUAAAGGUAAUUGAAAAUUCAGAAUUAAAAUAAGGAUGGUUAGGUAAAAGAAAAGAGCCCGUCAGCAAUUAAAAUACUAGAUCCCUUAAUAAAAAUAUCAUAAAAGAAAUAUUAAGAUAACGAUCUUGUAAAGCAUCAUUAAGAAGUAUGAGAAUGUUUUGAAUUAGUGCAUUAAUAAUUUAAGUGAGGAAGACAAAUUCACUUUAGAAAUAGGAGAGGUUUAGUAAUCAGAAAAUGAAUUUAAAGUUGAAAUUGCAGGUUCAUAUUAAUAUUAAUAAAAUAAAUGAUAAAAUCAAGAUUUUUUUUCUCAUAUUAAGCAAAAGGUGUGUUUAAAAGAAAAAAUCAAAAUUUUCGAAGAGAAGAUUUUGUUGUUAGAGUUUCAGAUGAAGAUGUUCAUUCAAAAAGAUUGGCUUCAGCAUUAAAUAUUGAUGAAAACUAGAACGAUCAAAUUUAAGCAUAAUCAAAUUUUUUCUUUAGAUAAUCUAAUCUAUAAAAUUUAGAUCUAUCCAAUCUAUAUCGGAUUGAUUUUGAUAACAAUGAUAAAAUUUCUAUCGUUCCUACAUUGAUUGAACCUUUAGAAAAUAUUGUUAAAAACCCAGGAAUAUAUCCAAUAUCUGAAUUUAAAAAUCACCACAAUUAUAAUUACUUAAAAUAUCUUUAAAGGGAUGCUUAAAUGAAUAAGUUUGAUACUUAUCUUCCCCCUUCAAAGGAUGUAACUCUAUAAUAAUUUGCUAAGACCUUAAACUUAAAAUAUUGGUAAACCAUUUAUAUUUUAAUUUAGUGUUUCUACAAGUACAUUUUCAAAUGUACUCAGUUAGAUUUUCUAUUUGUUAAGUGGAUUUAAUGGUCCUGAUUUCAGCGGUGUUUUUGAAGAUUUUCCUGAUGAGCCAAGAAAGUUUAUGAUUUCAUAAAGGAAACCAACUUCUGCACUUCUUCAAAGAGUUGAUUAAAACAUGUAUGCUUUAGAUGGUGAUCCUGGAAUAUUUGAGGAAGAAAUAAUGGAACUCUUAAUGAGUGGUAAAAUCGUAGAAAGACAAUUAACUUAAGAAAAAGAGGAAUUUGAAAAUAGAUAUAUUAAAUUAGAUCCUUAAAUGCCUAAUAUAGAAGACUUUCAUAGAUUUAUGGAAUUAAAUAAUGAAAUGUGUUUAAGAUCUUAAAUUGAUUGUAGAAAUAGAUCUGAAGAUCCAUUUGUUUUUGAAAUUAAAGCUAGAGGUGCAUGUCCAAUUAGAUAUGAUUAUCCUAAUUAUAGAGAUUACUUAGAUUAUGAAAUUAAUUAAUAUAGAGGAUUAUUUUAAUCCUUUGAAAGAGAAUAUUAUGACUUAAUUAGAGGAGCUUUCUUAAAAUGGGCUAUUUAAUUAAAAAUAGGUAGAAUGGAUGGAGCUUUUGUAGCAUAUCAUAACUUACUUGAAAUACAAGGUUUUGAAUAUAUUAAAUCAUCUGAAAUAUAUAAAAGAGUCUUUGGAACUGAAGAAUUCAGUGAUCUAAGUUUAUUAGUUGGAUCAAGAAUUGCUACUAAAAUGUUUGAUGAAAUUAUUGCAGAUAUUAAUGAAGAUUUUGAAACUUUAAAAAUAGGUAUUUAUUCAUAAAAUUUUACUAAAAAAUUAAUUUUAUUUGUUGAAAUUAUUAAAGACAAAACAGAGUUUUAAAAAGUAUUUAAGCAAGAAAACCUAAAAGAUGAAUAUGAUUAUUAUACAAAACAUCCUUUAAAAAAUAAAGUACUCAAAUACGAAUUCUUAUUGAAACCUGAAAUCAAUGGAGUUGAAUAUAGUUACCCGACAAUAUUUAGGAAAAAUGAUUUGAUUUCAAUUAAGUAUAAAUUAAGAAGUUUAGGAUAAGCAGAUUUUGGAGACUAUAUGAAUUUCCUUCACGAUUGUUAUAAGCACGAAGAAAUUAAUAUAGAAAUUAAUUAUUCUGGAGCAUGGUAAAAAUAAAUGUGA